UGUAGAUACUCGCAUACAACAAGAUUUUGAAUGUUCAUUCGACCGCAUGUCACUGUUUCAUUCUGCUUUGGUUCUUCUCGCUACGAUUCUGCCUGCUUUUGCCCUCCUUCAAUGUUACGAAGCAUUCUCAACAACCAACCCUGAAGAUAAGGUGCCUCGAUAUUGUCCUGAGGGGACCCAUUGCAUGAACUUAACAGAAGUAAAAUUGACAACCAGAACCUAUCAAUUUGGUUGCAGUGCUGGAACGUGCUCGGGAGGAUGUAAGCAACUCGAUGGCGGCGCUAUCUGGUGUUGCUGUUUCACGGAUCUCUGCAAUGGGCCGAGUUUCACAAAAGUCAUGACAUCGACACCUAUAACCACCUACGUGACCUCUUCACCUAGUACUAUCCACUCAGGAUCUAAUAUGUUUAUCACCCUUGCAUCUUUGGCUUUAAUGAUAAAUUUAAUCCUUUAACAUGCGAUAGAGCUUCCAAUUUAUGAAAGUCGUCUUCUACCUUCAUGAAAGCCUUUUUUUCUCAGCGCACACUUGAUCUAUAACGAAGUAUAUUCAGCUGUUCGGUUACCAUUGUUUAUCGCCAUGCAUGUAUAUGUUACGUUGUAAUGAACUUUACAUUUGCAAAGCACUAUCAGGGCUCGGCACUAAGUGGCUUUCCGAAAAUGCAAAAAAGAGAAGUUCCCCAUGACUUUCGAGAAAAAAUUUCAAAGUCCCUUUUGACCGUGUUUCCUUAACGCAAAAAACCCUCAAAAAACGAAAC